AGAGAGUUAGAUUGGAUGUGAGCGCUGUUUCUGUGAAGCCGCAUUUCCGUGUUCUGCAACUUGUUACUUCUGCCAAUACCUACUUGCAAACAUUAAACCUAUACACAUCUUUCAGUUGCCAUUAUUGACUCCUCUCUUCAUCUUUUUAAAUUCAUAAUCUCUUUUCGAUAGACAUUUACCCUUUGGCUUUUCUUUCUCUCUUUACAUCAGGUCGUCGGUGUCAACCCUUUCUUCCUCUUUUGUUUCUUUUAUCUAAAAUUUUGGCCUGCGUAAGACAGAUAUGCUUCCUAUCUAUCACCAUUACUUAUAAAUGAAAGGGCUAAGGCAGGCACUGCAUGAACUUCAGUAGCUUCUCCUUAUUCUCUUAUCUAUUUCUCUUCUCUUUCCUGCUGACUAACUGCCUCUUCCAGGGUUUAAAGUUUAAACCAUGUCAUCUUUGUUAGCGCGAACAGGCAGACACAGACAGCGUUACCAGGAUAAUCUUAGACUCGUAGCUGGGUGUAUUCCUUACAAACUUUACAAGAACGUUGAGGACCAAAGCUGCAGAGUGGAGGACAAGAUACUAGUCCUCAUGAUUUCGACGCCAAAUCGUGAUGAUCUUGUGUUUCCAAAGGGAGGGUGGGAAGAUGACGAGUCCGUUGAAGAAGCUGCAAGUCGAGAGGCCAUGGAGGAAGCUGGAGUGCAAGGACUGCUCGGUGAAAAUCCACUGGGAGUUUGGGAAUUUCGAAGCAAGAGCAGUCAGAACAGUAGCAGCUCGGUAGGAGGCUGCAGAGGCUAUAUGUUCGCAUUGGAGGUGACUGAAGAGCUCGGCCACUGGCCAGGACAGGCUAGUUACACUAGAAAAUGGCUAGUGACAGAGGAAGCAUUUAAACGGUGCCGGUACGACUGGAUGAAAGAAGCUCUUAAGAAUUUUGUGGCAGACAUGUCAAAGGAGAGAAGGCAUGGGAAAAAGAAAGAGUCAGGCGUGAGCGAAACCGGGGCGGGGAGUCAAAUGGGGUCGUCGAGUUUGUGGGGGAAGGAAACUGGUGUAUUGAGGAGGUUGAAGAAUCCUGUAGCAAGCGCUGUGUAGAGACGAUUGUUUGUAAAAUGUUAUUGUUGAAGCAUUAAUUGUAUAGUUGGGUGAUAAAUAAAUUCUUUUGUAUUGGUUUAGAAUCCAUUUGAAGUCAAAGUUUUGAAAGCAAUGAGUGAGUGAGCA